GCUCCAAUUCAACCCUGGGAAUCUCCAUAUGCCAUGGGUGUGGCCCUGAAAAGACAAAAAAUAAAAAGACAAAAAAAAAGUGGUUAAAAAAAAUUAAAGAUGGUAAGGGAGGAUGCCACGGGGAUGUCUAGGGAAACAGCAUCCCAGGCAGAGUAAAUAGCCAGUGCAAAGGCCCAGGGGCAGCACGACGCCUGGUGUGUUGGAGGAACUACAAGGAGGCCCAUAAGGCCAGAGCGAGCAAGGGGGAGAGAGGGAGGAGGUGAGGGCUGAGAGGGAGACAGGGAUAGGUGGUGCAGGGCCUGGUGAGCCAAGGAGAGGACUUGAGUUUUACCCCAGGGAGGUGGAGCCCCUGUGGCCUGUGGGCAGAGGCAGGGUGGGGCUUGACUUGGGUGCUCACAAGCACCCUACGAUUGCUGCUGCAGGGAGGACAGGUUGUGAGGGGUGAGGGCAGGGGCUGGGGGAUCUGAAGUGGAGGCCACUAUUCAGGUAAGCGACCAUGGGGCUGAACCAUGGUGAAGGCCAGGCACAUGGUAAGAAGCAGCCAGAUUCUGGAUAUACGCUGAAGAUUAAGCCCACAGGAUUUGAUGACAGACUAUGAGAAAGAGAGGAAUCAAGGAUGACAUCACGGCUUUUGAUCAAACAUCUUGGAAGAUGGAGAUGCCCCCUAAUGAAGACUCUCACUGGAUCCUGUUGACAACCCUCUGUGGUAGAGUUAAUCAUUACUUCCAAUUUCCAGAUGGGGGAACUGAAGCUCAGAGAAGUAAAGCAGAUAUCCCGAGGUUACACAGCAAGAAGUGUCUGAGAUGGGAUUCAAACUCAGGUCUAUUUGGCUUCAAACCUAUGCCUGUCUGAUUUUAGGAAAAAACUGUGUGUCUGUCUCUCCCAGAGCUCCAGAGCCUUCCCGUUCUCCCCACGUAUAUCUCCUAUUGCCAUGACAACGAAACCCAGUGUAUCAGUUUCCCGUGGCUGCUGUAACAAAUGACCACAAACUCAGUGGCUUACUAUGGAGGUCAGAAGCCUGCCGGGAAUCUCGCUAGGCUAAAUAAAAUCAAGCUGUUGGCAGGGAUGGCUUCUUCUGGAAGCUCCGGUGGAGAAUCUGCUCACUGGCUUCUUCCUGCUUCUAAAAGCCACCUGCUUUCUGCGGCUUGUGGCCCCACCUUCCAUCUUCAACGCCAGCAAUGGCCAGCAGAGUCUUUCUCACAUCUAAUUCCUCUGACUGUUCUGCCUCCCUUUUUUCAGUUUAAGCACUUCUCAGAUGGCACUGAGCCCCUGCAGUUAAUCCAGAACAAUCUUUCCAUCUCCCCAUCAGCUACUUAGGAACCUUAAUUCUAUCUGCAAACUGAAUCCAGCCCCUCCCGCUUUGCCAGGUAACCUACCACGUUCACAGAUUUAGAGGGAUUAGGAUGUGAACCUUUUGGGGAUGGGGGGAGAUGCUCCCUCUGUCUACCCCAUCCAGUGAGGUCACAAGGGCCUCUGUGACAUCAUCAGCCCCUGGAACCCAAAUUACAAGGUGCCUCUCCCACAUGGUUGCUGGAUGGGCAAACCUCACGCCAGGGAUUUGAACCUGAAUGUCCUGACCCUCCAGUUGCCAUGGGAGCCCAACCACAGGAGGCUCAGGAGCCUUGCUCCAGAGUCCAGACUCUGUUUAAGACGGUCAAGGCCUUACUCAGCAAAGCCCACACACCCCCACCCCCUUGCCGCUCCCGAAACCCAGGCUGUACACACGUGUAUGGGUACGUGUUUGGGCACGUGCGUGAAAGUGAACUGGAACACCUCCCCACUCAGCAGGUGCUGGACACGGGGGAGCAGCUGAUGGUCCCUGUGGAUGUCCUGGAAGUGGAUAACGAGGGAGCCUUGUGGAAGUUUCUCCUCUCAGGAGCCAUGGCUGGGGCGGUGUCUCGCACUGGCACGGCCCCUCUGGACCGUGCCAAGGUGUACAUGCAGGUGUACUCCACCAAGACGAAUUUCAUGAACCUGCUGGGAGGUCUACGGAGCAUGGUCCAGGAAGGGGGCUUCUGCUCACUCUGGAGGGGCAAUGGUAUCAACAUACUCAAGAUUGCACCAGAGUAUGCCAUCAAGUUCUCAGUCUUUGAACAGUGUAAGAACUACUUCUGCGGAGUGCACGGAUCCCCACCUUUUCAGGAACGGCUCCUUGCUGGCUCCCUGGCUGUGGCCACUUCCCAGACACUCAUCAACCCCAUGGAGGUGCUGAAGACGCGGCUGACCUUGCGCCGGACUGGCCAGUAUGAGGGGCUACUGGACUGCGCCAGGCAGAUUCUGCAGCAGGAGGGCACCCGCGCCCUUUACCGUGGCUACCUGCCCAACAUGCUCGGCAUCAUUCCCUAUGCCUGCACCGACCUGGCUGUCUAUGAGAUGCUCAGGUGCCUUUGGCUGAAGUCAGGUAGGGACAUGGAGGACCCUAGUGGCCUGGUCAGCCUGUCAUCCGUGACCCUGUCCACGACCUGUGGCCAGAUGGCCAGUUAUCCACUGACAUUGGUACGCACCAGGAUGCAAGCCCAAGACACUGCGGAGGGUACGAACCCCACCAUGUGUGGAGUCUUCCAGAGGAUCCUGGCCCAGCAGGGCUGGCCAGGGCUGUACCGAGGCAUGACCCCCACAUUGCUGAAGGUGUUGCCAGCAGGUGGUAUCAGCUACGUGGUAUAUGAAGCCAUGAAGAAGACCCUGGAUGUGUAAGCAGUGAGCUAGGCAACAUGCCCUGGGCAGAAAUGGA